AACUGACCUAAAAUUCUGAAGUCUCACAAACAAAGCCUCGCGGCGCUUUAAUUCUACGGAAGUUUCUAUGUAAACAUGGCGGUUUCCACUUGGACUGAUUCUUUGCGGAGUAUUCCUGACUCGAUUAGUGCGUCAUUUCUGCCUGAUUUUGAAAAAAUAUCAUCGACAACAAUGGACAGAGGAAUUAACAAGUUCAUGUCAUCAUUUUUGGAUGAGUUAAGGGUAUUUGAGCCACGCGAAGCCUCCAAAGUUGUGCAGGUCACAGCAAAAUGCUAUCGGUCGAUGAGGAAAACGGCAGACCCUCACUCCCUCAGCAUUAAUAUAGAUGUGGACAAGAUAACUGAUGCCUAUUGUUCUUGCAAGGCUGGACUUGGGGGUCAUUGUUCACAUAUUAUAGGCCUCCUCAAGACCUUGCAGUAUUUCAAACUGCAAAGUUUUUCCUCAAUCCCUGACCGAUUGAGCUGCACCAGUAUGCCACAAGCUUGGGGAGCACAAUCAGCUCGGGGUUUGAGGAUUGAACCCGUGCCCAUCAACCACCUCACUCUAGCACGACACGUGACUCACCGCAAGCGCAGACCGAAGGAAUGCAGUGUGGACUUGAACAAAAUAGUGACAAAGGUUGAACCCGAGGAGAUAGCUGCACUGAAAUUAUUACAUGGUACUCCAUUGACAUAUAUGCUGACGCCUUCAGCACCAACUGUCUCUACACCCCUGGGAGAAGUGCAAAUUGGGUCAGCUGUUUCCUAUCAGACAAGGAACUUGAAGGCAGAUGCGACAGCGGUCAUGCAACAGUGUGGCAACACCUGUGUCACAAAUAACCCACCAGUGGAUCUUCCAGAAAGAUAUAAAGCGUUGAAAGACCUUAAUAUUUGUGAAGAUCCUGUGGAACUGGAAGCUCGAACCAGAGAACAGAGUAAAUGUGCUGAGUGGUUUGAGGCAAGAAAAAAAAGGCUUACAGCCUCAAAUUUCCAUCGAGUUAUGGUCAGGAAAGCAAAGGUCACACACAAGUUUUUAGAGUCAAUUUUUUGA